AUGGACUCCUUGCAAAAACAAUUCGAGUCAAUGUUCUGCCCACCUCUCGACUCCGCCUUGGUCGCCGCUAUUGUCAGUGACGAAAAUAACGUAAAUGAAUGUUUUAAUAUUCUCAGUUCAUUAGCAGAAGAGGCAAAUUCAUUUCUUGACGCUGAACGAGAAAAUUUUGGUGAAUCAGAAUUUUCGGAAAAUUGCAGUAGUAACUAUAAGAGCAGCACAAGCGAACGAGAUUCCGGUGAAAAUGGUGAGAAUCACAUUGAAUACCAGACGGAUAGUCCCUAUAUUGUGGAUGAUUUUGAUUACGAAAGUAUCUGUUUAACCGGCGAUGAAAUUCCCUUGGACGAGAAAAUUGAACGACUUAAUUUUAUUCAGAAUGAGGUUGAGCAGACAGAGCAGAAAAAUUAUGUAUAUUAUGAUUCAUUCCCUCUGACACCACCUAUUUCAGAACGAGAAGAUAAUUUCUUGGUAUCUGACUCACGAUCUAAACAUCGAAAAAAGAAGAGACAUCGAAAACCAAAACAACAAGGCGUUAUCAUAUUUCAAAACAAUGCACUCCGACCGAAUUCUAUGCCUGGUAGUAACCCAUCAUCGCCUCAAAUUCCAUCAUCGCUAUCGCCUCAAAUGUCGUUUUCACCAUCGCCUCAAAUGUCAUCUUCAUCAUCGUCGAUUAACUCAUGGCCUCCAUUGCCUAUCCCUAAAACACCACCUGACAAUUAUUGGAAAACUGUUGGGAAAAACAGAAACGGUAUCCUGAAUUUCAAUGGAGAGCAAGAAAUAUUCGACAUAAAUUUGAGUAAAUUAGUAAACAUAUUCCCUGACCAUGAAUUUCAAGAUCUGAAGAAUGCACUCAUGACAGCAGAAGGUGAAAUACAUAAUGCUAUUGGAUUGUUACUAAAGACUUCAGAUAUUAAUGAGAAUAACGGCAAAAGUUUGAAUCAAACACAAUCAAAUAGAGGUAAUGGUCGUAGGACCUCUCACGAUCUGUUCUUAUCAGAUAGUGCCAUUCUUAAUUUUGAGACUAGACAAUAUCAGGAUACACAGAAGAAAAGCAAUAUUCCCGUAAAUUCACGUAAUUAUGCGAAAUCGACAUCAGCUACAACAUUUCAUACUUCAAAAUCAUUAUCUAAUACACGUGAAUGUAUGAAGAAACGCAAUGAGGCAUUUAAAAAAGCGGCCAAUGCAUUCCAAAAAUCUAGAGGCUCACGCAACGGUGAAGGUGGUAUUGCAUUUCAUUAUUCAACUGAGGGACGGAAUUUUGAUGCUGAAAUGAAAAAAUGGAAUUUACGAGCCGCAAGAUCAAUAGUUAAGAGACAAAGACCUUCAUGGAUUAAGGGUCGACGAGGCCUUGGUUGUAGUAAAAGAAAGAUUGUUACCGGGUUAGGUAAUCAUUCACCUAAUGGUGUGGCAAAAUUACGAACGGAAGUCAAACGCUCAUUGGUUAAAGAUAAUUGGGAUAUAUCUGAAUAUAUAGGGUAA